GUUCAUUGGUGUUAGGUGAAGGCCGUGUGUGAGUCCAUCAGUCAGGCAUAUGGGGGGGCAGCCCUGACAGGACCCGCAGCUGGUGUGUGUCACCGAGAGUGAAAGAGAACGGCGCCGGGAGGACCGGAUCUGCAUUCCUCGAGCAGCCGGGAUACCCGCAGGCUGGCAGCGGAGCUGUCACUGUACGCAGAGUGGUGGGGGGCAUCUGUCAUCUGUGCAGUCAGCUGGGAUGCGGCUAUGAGUGCCCCCUCCCCUCUGUGCUGUGUGUGAGCUGCACUUAGAUGAGCGGAGCAGGGAUGGAGCGCAACGCUGGGAUGUGCUGAUUCACCGUCAUUCUCAUCUGGAAGCACAAGCAGAAUUAGGAUCACCUCCUCCCCUCCCCCCAGGUCCAGAGAUGGAGCGCAGGCAGGAGCAGCAGAGCCUGGACUUCACCAUGGACAAUGUGGAGAAAGCUCUUCACCAGUUAUACUACGAUCCCAACAUUGACAACAAGAACCUUGCUCAGAAGUGGUUAAUGCAGGCCCAGCUGUCUCCUCAAGCCUGGCAGUUUAGCUGGCAGCUCCUAAACGGUGGCAAAGUACCAGAAAUCCAGUACUUUGGUGCCAGUGCGCUGCACAUUAAAAUAUCCAGAUACUGGGGGGAUAUACCCUCAGACCAGUAUGAGACCCUCAAGUCGCAGCUCUUCUCACAGAUCUCUGCCUUUGCCAGUGGCUCCAAGAUUGUCCUCACCCGGCUCUGUGUGGCGCUUGCGUCAUUGGCCCUCAACAUGAUGCCCGACACCUGGCCACAUGCUGUGCCGGACAUGGUUCGAGUGUUCCAGACAGAGGAUGGACAGACGGAUGGCAGAGCUCGCUGUCUGGCACUUUUGGAGUUGUUAACUGUUUUGCCCGAGGAGUUCCAGACUAGUCGCCUCCCACCUUUCCGCAAAGGACAAGUACGCAGCUGCCUGUCCCAGGAGUGCGCAUGUGUCUUCCCGCUGCUGCGUCAGCUAUUGCAGCAGAGCGACUCCCCUGGAUAUGUCAAGCAGAAGGUGCUGAAGUGUUUCUCCAGUUGGGCCCAACUGGGCAUCCCCCUGACAGAUUGCGAGGAGCUGACCAUGGCUGCAUUCUCUGCCCUACGGGACCCUGAACUGUUUGACUCCGCAGUGGAGGCUUUAGUGAAUACCAUCUCUCAACCUGAUGCACAAAGGUACGUGAACACGCUCCUCAAACUGAUCCCUCAGGCACUCGGCUUGCAAGACCAGCUCCAUCAAGCCGUUCAGAACGGGGAUAUUGAAACUUCUCAUGGGAUUUGCCGGAUUGUGGUGGCUCUUGGAGAAAACCAUUCCCGGGCCCUGCUGGAACAAGUGGAUCACUGGCAAAGCUUCCUGGCUCUAGUGAAUAUGAUUAUGUUCUGCACUGGCAUUCCCGGGCACUAUCCAGUCAAUGAAACCACCAGCUCUCUCACACUGACAUUCUGGUACACUCUGCAGGAUGACAUCCUUUCAUUUGAGAUGGAGAAGCAGACUGUGUAUUUGCAGGUUUAUCGCCCAGUCUAUUUCCAGCUAGUUGAUGUUUUGCUUCAGAAAGCUCAGUUUCCUGCUGAUGAUGAGUAUGCAUCUUGGUCGUCAGAUGAGAAAGAACAAUUCCGAAUUUACAGGGUGGACAUAUCUGACACACUUAUGUAUGUGUAUGAGAUGCUGGGAGCAGAGCUGCUCAGUAACUUGUAUGAAAAACUUGGACGCCUCCUGACCUCUUCAGAGCACCCCACUUCAUGGCAACACACAGAAGCUUUGCUCUUUGGUUUCCAGUCCAUUGCUGAAACCGUUGAUGUCAACUACUCGGAUGUCGUCCCUGGACUUAUUGGCCUCAUCCCCAGGAUCAACAUCAAUAACGUACAGCUCGCAGACACAGUGAUGUUCACUAUCGGAGCACUGGCUGAAUGGCUGGCCGACCACCCAGUGAUGAUCAGUAAAGUGCUGCCUCUGGUCCUUCAUGCCUUGGGAAAUCCUGAGCUGUCAGUGUCUAGUGUUUCCACCUUGAAGAAAAUCUGUCGGGAGUGCAAAUACGAUCUUCUUCCCUACGCUGCCAAUAUCGUGGCUGUGUCCCAGGACGUGCUACUGAAACAGAUCCACAAGACCAGUCAGUGUAUGUGGCUGAUGCAGGCUCUCGGCUUCUUGCUCUCAGCGCUGCAGGUGGAGGACAUUCUGAGUAACCUGCACUUGCUCAUCACUCCUUAUAUCCAGCAGCUGGAGAAACUGGCAGAUGAGACACCAAAUCCCUCCAAUAAAUUGGCAAUUAUCCACAUUCUGGGUCUUCUCUCCAACUUGUUUGCCACUCUGGACAUCAGCUGCCAUGAUGACGAUCACAAAGCGACAGAAGUGAAAAAAUUGCCUGUGGUGCAGGGCCCCAAUCCGGUUGUCCUGGUUCUGCAGCAGGUGUUCCAGCUGAUAAGGAAGGUUCUCAGCACUUGGCUAAAUGAUGCUCAGGUUGUGGAUGCCGUGUGCACCAUAUUUGAGAAAUCAGUGAAGACUUUACUGGAUGAUUUUGCCCCAAUAGUCCCUCAGUUAUGUGAGAUGCUGGGCCAGAUGUAUAGUACAAUUCCUCAAGCAUCCGCCAUUGAUUUGACGCGGCAGAUGGUUCAUAUCUUCGCCAAUGAGCCAGCGCACUUCCCUCCCAUCAGAGCACUUUUUCUGCUAGUCACUUCACUGACUCUGUCUCUGUUUCAGCAAGGACCCAGGGACCAUCCUGAUAUUGUUGAUUCAUUUAUGCAACUCCUGGCACAGGCCCUGAAGCGCAAGCCGUGCCUCUUCAUGUCAGCUGAGCUGGACGUUAAGGCGGUUUUUCAGUGCGGAGUCCUCUCUCUGAAGUUCCCUGAACCAACGACAGUCAAGGCCAGCUGCCUGUUCUUUAUGGAGUUCUUACCAAGAUGCGGAGAACUCGCUCCAGUUGGACAAGUGGUGCAUGAGGAUGGGAAGCUGCUGCUUCAGGCCACAUUGGAGGGAAUCGGCGGGCAAGCCUCGCGCAAUCUGAUGGACUCCUUUGCCGAUAUCCUUUUUUGUCUCAAUAAGAACUGCUUCUCCUACCUGGUGGUCUGGUUAAAAGAGUUGAUGCAGCAAGAUGGCUUCCCCUCCCCCCGUGUGACGCAGGAGCAGAAGGAUAACUUCAGUCAGCACAUCUUGAGGGAGCGAGUGAACAAGCGACGAAUGCGAGACAUGGUGAAGGAGUUCACGCUGCUGUGCCGUGGAUUACAUGGGACAGAGUACACUGCGGACUACUGACAGCUCAGAGCUGCUGGAGGGACCACCCGCCUACGAUUCUGGGACACUCUGCACCAGUCCUCAUACAGAGCAGAUGUGAGUGUGAACAGUGUGGACUUUCUCUCAUCAUUUUACCCACUGGUGCAUUCGAAGGGCGGAAGAUGGGUGGACUUUCCAGCGUUUGGGACUCGUUUGCUGGGUGCUCAUCACUAUUGGAACUUCAAGGUUCACCCCGUCCUUGUAACACUCGAAAAUAUGUAAUCACCACAGUCUGAGGGACACCGGUCCUGGUGGCUGCUUGUAGAAUAUGUACAGGGAUAACACGAGCAGGAGCUGAGAGAUCUGCUGCUUCCACUCUGACUCGAUUACUGUUAACAAGCAUGUCUGCAGAUUUUACUACGUAUAAUGACUCGCUGAUCCGCUCGCCUCCAAGAUAUGGAAUAGGGGCAAUGGUUUUACAUGUCCUCUCUGUGUCUGAACCCAGGGAUUACCAUUAAACCAUGUUUCUCAUUACACAAACUGCUGAAGCAUGCCAGCCUAACCACUAUUAAAGCAGCCUCUUCAGACCUGCUGCACCCCGCUGCUGCUGUAGAUGCUCGCUGUGUCUCUUAUUGUUCUCCUCUCCAAAAGUUACUUACUGUACGUAGAUCCUGCAGCCUCCUGAGAAACCAUUGACUGCAUCUUCAGGUUGUGAGCAGUGUGAAUCAUUUUUAGAGUCAGCCAUUGCAGUUCCUAUAAUAUCCUAUUAAGGGUCUAUUCACACUUUGUGGUCCGCAAAACGGUGGACUCGCAAAAUAUACACGACGUCCAUGUGACUUAUUGACUUCAAUGGGUCUGUGAACAGCAUUUUGCCACCAACUAUAGGACAAGUUCUGUCCUUUGCAGAACGAACAUACGCAUGAGGAGUGCCCCCUAAAACAGUUUUUUGGGCUUCUGCAAUGUUCUGUGUGUUUCAGUCCAUCAUGAAUUUCAAAGUCUCUGAUUCAUGGGCUCAUUUAUUAAGAUCGGCAUUUUCCACGCCAGUCUUAAAUCUGUCUUGUUGGAGGAAGUGCCAAAGUUAUGUGGAGACGCAGGCCUUUGCAUAACUUCCGCACCUCCUCCAGCAGGCCGCGUGACAGACUUAAAUAUACACCAUCUUUCUUGCUAGAUUUAAGCCAUUUCCUAGGCCAUAAAUUGGUGUAGAAAAUGAUGAAUGAGAUGGGCCUUCCGGCCUGCCUUCUUCCCCCUUCUUCUUCUUGGUGUGAGCUGGGAAAAGUUGCAGAUUUUGCAACGAAAUCUGGGACUGAUAUAAGUCAUAAAAAUUGCGUAUAUCAGUUCAUAAAUGAGCCCCUAAAGUCAGAGGCAGAAACCCCCUCCUGUACCUGUCCUAAAGUGCAUCAAUGAUCCUGUUGCACAAAAUAUUGAAGAGCGAGUCUACAAUCCAAAGGCAAGAAGUCCAGCACUCGGUGGGAUUGACAUGUUUCAGGGCCUUAAAGUGGUUAUCCAAAACUGAAUAUCCUCCCCCACCCCUACAUUUCCCGGACCCCCGGCGCUGGUUUCCUCCCAGAUCACUCCACAGCCAUCUUUGCAGCUUCCCUGCCUGCAGAAAACAACAUCCGUCGACUUGUGGAGGUGCAGCCAAUAGGCAGCUGUGGCGAUGACCUGCCCCCUUGCAGGUGACGUCACACAUGACGCAAGGGAGAAGGUGAUAGUCACGGCCAGCUAUUGGCUGCACCCUAAACCACCCCACGUUGACGGAUAUUGUGUUCUGCAGGUUGGGGAGAUGCGAAAACGGCCAUGGAGUGAUCCAGGAGGAAACCAACGUCAGGGCCAGGUACGUAUGCUCAGUGCUGAGGGUCCAGGCUUUGUAGGUGGGGUUAUUCAGUCUUUGAUAACCCCUUUAAGGAAGGAUGCAAGUCCAUGGGCUGUGAGACGUGAACAGUUUUGUAGCAUUAGUAGUAUACUUUUUAAUAUUUGGAUUUAACAUUAGAGUUUUAUGGUAUCCAGCAAUGCAUGUUAGUAGGGACCUCUCUGAUACACUGUAACAAGCCUAAUGUCUUGGUGGUGGGAUUUUCAGCCUCUGGAUAUGAAUGAGAGCCUUCCCAUUCACAAGCCGAGAGGAUUGGAACACAAUGAAUUUCAGAAAGUUCAGCUUUAUUUAUAAAGGUCUCACAGGGACUUAUUAUUAAUGCCCUAUCCUUUCAGCACCUCAGCUGUGCGAGUCAUGUGUUGGAUCCCACAUUUCUAAUAUUGAUGACCGUCCCUAAAGAUACAGGACCCCAAAUGGAUAGGUUAUAAUGUUUUAUAAACAGAAUACCCCCUGAAAUAGACUGGAAGAUGGAGAAAAGCAGAUCAUGGGGAUUAUACAGAUUCACAAGGAGGAAUUAUAGUUUUGGUAAAGACUGAAACUAUGGUAGAUGUGAUCAGCUGUGUAUCUAAUAAAUGUUCCUUUAUGAA